CGCUUCGUGUACUGUGUAGACUGUUUCAUUUCGAUUAUAACUAUUAUAAUUCCGUUUCUCCACUCGAAACAAGUCGAAAUUUAACGAUCUGCACAGUAGCCGAUCGUACACACGCUAACACGCGCGCAUAUUUUUACUCAUUUACUGUUAUUUGUUAUUCGUUAAUUUAAUACUUUACAGAGUCCACACUUGUUUCGCCCUGUCACACGAUUUCUUUAACACGUUUUGUUUUUCGUUAAUCCUUCGAGUGUAAAUAUAUAUAUAUAUUUUUUUUAUACAUAUAUAUAUAUUUGGCGAAAUAAAUAAUAAAACGACAUAACAAUUCUGAAUCCCGGACACAUCAAAAUAAUAAUACAAUCGUCUUUAAGACACGGUCACGCGUAAAUAGUAACUGACUGCUUUAAUAUAAUAUUGCAAAUACAAUAAAAUAGUGGACAAUAUAAAUAUCAAUAACUCGUGUCCGGAUCAUUACGCGUCCGAGAUUCAAAAAUGUUCUACGACUGUGGUUUCUAGCAAAAGGUGUCUGGAAAAGACAGUUACUUAGAAGCCUUGAAAUUUCCAAAAAUUAAACCGCAUGGAAACCACGUUUGCAUACUACAGACCCUUAAAAGAUCACGACCACAAUCACCGCUGCGACGGUGAUCGUCGUCUGUCCGUCAAGAACGCAUCGCCGAGAAGUAGCCGCAUGAGGAGAAUCGGGGCGAGAAAGCGCAGAAGUAAACAACGCGAGUUGACGGAAUGGCGGAUAACAUCGUUAACGACGCGGCCGAGCAUACGGGAGCCGAGCACAUCGCAUUGAAAACGAACGCGGUAAGCGACCGCAUCCCCCCCGAAGAAGAAACCAGUGAUCUCCUUAGACGCGGUGUUAAGUACGAUGACGGCGGCGAGAAGUCGGUCGGUGACGACAAGCAGCGUUGCUACAAACCGCCCGUGUCGCGGGACAACGGCGACAACAGCAGCAGCAACAGUAAUAGGAGUAGCAAUUGCAGUAACGAUAAGAGUAAUAAUAAAAUAACCGUAGAAAAUAGAAACCACGUGACGUUCUACAAGAACGACGAACCGACGGAUGACGACAGCAGUAGCGGUGCAGGUGGCUGUCCCAAACAUCACCACCGCGUACACGAUUCGUACGCUUCGUACACGCCGACGACCACCGCCACCGAUUCAGACGAGUCGUCGUCGUCCUCUUCGUCGUCAGACAUACACAACCGUGCACCGGAUGGUGGCUGGGGAUGGGUCGUUGUGUUCGCCUCGUUCAUGGUGAACAUGAUCGCGGACGGCGUGACGUUCUCAUUCGGAGUGAUAUUCAUCGAAUUCGAAAAGUACUUUGAGGAGGGCAAGAGCAAGACGGCCUGGAUCGGAUCGCUGUUCAUGGCCGUGCCCCUGUUGUCCGGGCCCAUAGCCAGCUUCCUAACCGACCGGUACGGGUGCCAGAAAGUGACGGUCAUCGGUGCUAUAAUCGCGUCCACCGGGUUCGUCAUAUCCGCGUUUGCCGACUCGCUAUUCACGUUGUUCAUCACGUUCGGGCUCAUAUCCGGGUUCGGGCUGUCGCUGUGCUACGUGGCGGCCGUCGUAAUCGUCGCGUACUAUUUCGACAAGAAACGAUCGCUGGCCACCGGGCUAUCCGUGUGCGGCAGCGGCAUCGGCACGUUCAUCUUCGCGCCACUCAACCACGAGUUGCUCAGCUACUACGGGUGGCGUGGUUGCACGCUCAUCCUGGCCGGACUGUUCCUCAACCUGUGCGUGUUUGGCAUGCUGAUGCGUGACCUGCCGUGGACCAAGGAGCGAGCCCAGAACGAAUGGAAGCGCAAAAAGGACGCCCGACUCCAGAAGCGUCGACUCAAGUCAACCGCCAGCUACGACAGGCAUUCUCAACACACGCAAUUACCCUCGUCGCCGACUUCCGGCUGUGGUACCACCGGCAAAGACGAUGCGGUUGACCCGACUCAUCCCGGUGGCGUCGGCGUCGUCGUGUCCUUCCUCCAAGACGAAGACCGCGGUAGCGGUGGCGGUUGUAUGACGGCGCAAUCGGUCGGCAGGGGUGGUGACCUACAUGACUGCUGCGCGGCCGCUAAAGAUCAGCGGCUGUGCAAUUCCCUGGUCAACUUGCCCACGUUCGUCAACAACCACGAGAACGUUCCGCUAGAAGUCCUCGAGGCGCUCACUCAGAAAAAACAGCUCUACUCUGUGCUUGUCCAAAACUACCCGAGUCUGCUGAUACCCUCCAAAAGUUUCAGCGACAGUGGACGCAUCAACGAAUCGGGUAAUAUGUCUCCGACACAAAGUUUACACGUCAAUCAAAUUAUUGGUAUACAAAAGUUAAUAGAUAGUCAAGAAAAUAAAACGGACGCUGUCAGUGGUAAAUGUAAUCAAGUCGGUAUAAUGAAAAUGAAUAAUGGUAAUAAUAUUAUUUUAAAAAACUGCGAUUAUGAUUGGUGGAUAAAAAAAGAUAAUCCACAAGUCAAACGUCUUCAGACUGCAUAUCUUCAAGAUAUUAAGAUUCAUAGACAUUCAUUAACAUAUAGAGGUGCCAUGCUUAAUAUAAACAGAUAUAGACUAAGAGCAUCUUCUUGUCCAAAUAUUUACCGCAACUCAAUGACAACAAUUGCUAAAGAAAAACAUGAAUGGUCAGCUGGUCUCUGGGAAUUAUGGUAUCUACUACUUGACAUGAUGGAUUUUUCACAUUUCAAAAACAUGCCCUUCCUAUUGUUUGCAAUAUCAAAUUUCCUUUUGUAUACUUGGUACGAUGUACCAUAUGUUUACAUUGCAGACUUGGCUAUAAAAAAAGGACACACUGAUGAAGACGCAUCAUACCUAAUCAGCUUAAUAGGAAUACUAAACAUGUUUGGAGAAAUAUUAUUAGGAUGGGCUGGUGAUAAAGCUUGGGUUAACGCCAAUAUGGUAUAUGCAGUUUCAAUGGUACUCUGUGGACUUGUUAUUGCAUUAGUUCCAAUAUUUGGAAGUUAUUUAAGUUUGGGUAUUUUAUCUGGUUUCUUUGGCCUAUUCAUUUCUGCAAACUAUUCGUUCACCUCAAUCAUAUUGGUUGAAAUCAUCUCUUUAGAACGAUUCACCAAUGCAUAUGGCGUUCUGUUAUUGGUGCAAGGAAUCGCUAAUUUGAUCGGACCCCCUUUAGCUGGUGGUCUGUAUGAUAUAACAGAAAGUUAUGACUUAUCUUUUUAUCUAGCCGGUUUAUUUAUUGCAUUGUCGGGUUUAUUAUUAUUUGUUCAUCCAAUAAUAAAAAAAAUGGCACGGUAUAGAAGGAAGCAAACACUAUUGAAAAAUCACAAAAAUAAGAUAAUAAGCAUAGCCUCGAAUUGCAAGAAAUGUGCAGCAAUAGAAGACAAUGUGAUAUUUACAGCUAAAAGACGUUCAAGUUUGGCAACAAGUGUCUAAAAAUUGACUAUUACUUAUUAACAAGUUAAAAUCUCCAUAAUGUUACGUUUAUAUUCCAAUUAGAUUUGACAUCUGAUUUUUUUAUAUGUAUGAACAUUUUAUUUAUCAUUACAGUGUCAUACAUACCAUAUUAUAAUUUAUUAUUCAAUACUCCUA